GUAAUGUCCAUGCUGUACUACACUCUGAUUGUAGCUUUUUUGAUCGGCACACAGGCAGCUCCAAAGUCAGAGGACAAUGCUCCACUGGAGUAUCCUGCAGAACACUCCCUGCUCAAUACCCAGAGGAGCAACAGACACCACGUUCCAGUUCCACAGACAUCCCACGGCCAGGCCACGUGGCUCAACAGCAGAAGGGAAGCUAUAAAUAUCACCAUGGACCCCAAAAUCUUUAGGAAGAGGCGAUUCCGGUCUCCUCGGGUGCUGUUCAGCACGCAGCCCCCUCCAGUGACAGGGCAAGGACAGAGUUUGGGAUUUCUCAGUGGGACAGGAGCUCUCAACAGGACUGCCAGGACCAAGAGGAGCACACACCCCGUGCUGCACCGAGGAGAGUUCUCGGUGUGCGACAGCGUCAGCAUGUGGGUCGGGGACAAAACCACAGCCACUGACAUUAAAGGCAAAGAGGUGACAGUGUUGGGAGAGGUCAACAUCAACAACAAUGUCUUUAAGCAGUACUUUUUUGAGACCAAGUGCAGGGACCCUAAGCCUGUGUCCAGCGGGUGCCGCGGGAUCGACGCGAAGCACUGGAACUCCUACUGCACCACCACACACACCUUUGUCAAGGCUCUGACCAUGGAGGGCAAACAGGCAGCCUGGAGGUUCAUCCGAAUCGACACAGCCUGUGUGUGU